GUAGCUCCAUACCUAUACAAUCAAACAUGGCAGCAGAGAAAGUAGGAGGCAUUGUGAAGAAAGGCCACGAGGAAGGCCAAAAAUUAGCCACCUCAAUCCUCCAACAAUUCCAACUUCCUCAAGGAAUUCUUCCACUGGCCGAAGUCAUUGAAGUUGGAUUCGUGGAGAGCACCGGGUACGUGUGGAUUGUGCAAGCGAAGAAGGUCGAGCAUGAGUUCAAGAUGAUUAGCAAGCUUGUGAGCUAUGACACUGAAAUAACGGGCUACGUCGAGAAGAAGAGGAUCAAGAAACUCAAGGGAGUGAAGGCCAAGGAGCUCAUGCUGUGGCCUCCAGUGAGUGAGAUCACAGUUGAUGAGCCACCCACUGGGAAGAUUCACUUUAAGAGCCUUGCUGGGAUCACUAAGACCUUCCCUGUUGAGGCAUUUGCUUAAUAUGUAUGUAUGCAUAUACAUAUAUAAGUUAUGCCCAAAUUGCUGUUCUUGUUCAAGUCCCUACUACAUAUGUGGCUAUUUAGCUGAAGUGAGAUGAUAUAUCAAUUGGAAUUAUCUUGUAUAUAUCUCUGGAUAUAUAGAGAGAAUAAAUCAUUAUCUGGAGGAA